AUUUUUUUAAAACAUAAUUGUAAAAUUAAAAAGAUUUUUAACCUGUUAGAUUUUUUAAUUAAUUAUAUAUAAUAAAAUAAUUUAAAUCAAUGAUGUCUCAAUUAAAGAAUAUUCAAUCUCUUCUAGUCGUGAGUUUCUUAUUGGUAUGUGUCAUAAUAUGGUCAUCACAUAAUGUUCAUGGAGGCAUCUCCAGUGAAACAUCUUUUAAUACUAGUGAAUGUUCAAAGAAUUUCCCAAACUCAACUUUAUAUUUAAGCCCUGGUGAAGUAUGGAAAUCUGCUCAACCGUGUAUGAAAUGUAUGUGCUCUUUGAGAGGUCUUGAAAUGACUAUGGAAUGCCACACGUGUGCAAGUUUUUCAUCAUCCUGUUUUACUGUUGACGAUACAGCUUUAUAUCCAGAUUGUUGUCCACGCCCCUGCCGCAUCAUGCCAUCAAAUAAUAAUACCAUUUAAAAUUUUGUAUAAUUUCCCACAAAAUUUUACGAAUUAUGGCAACAAAUUAUUUAGAUUUAUAUAAAUAUUAUUAUUAAUCUAUUUUUCUGGAAGGGGGGGGAGGGUUUGAAAAAUUCCGAAAAUAUUAAAAAUUAGUGAUCAUAAUAAAUUUUAGAUUUAUAAAAUAAUUAAAUGGUGAUUCUAAAAUUGUAAUAAAUGGUGAUAAAUUUAUCAAU